AGCGUUGGUAGGAUUGGUUGUGUAAAGUGUUUUUUAGGCAACGAAAUUUACUAAAUUUUUCUUGAAAUUAUCACUUAGAAACUUACGUAAAUAUGGAAAUGUUAUCCUCAAGCAGAAACUGCAUAAAAUUCAUGCAGUGUCUGCAGCCGGGCAUGUUGACCCCGGGUGUACAGGCUUUGGUACAAACCCAACAAGUACGCCAUCGCCAAACUAAACAUUGGGCUCCCAAAUUUAAACAUAUGCGCAAAUUGAAAUUUGUGAAAAUGGAUUUGCCCAAUUUCCAUGAGAAAGCCGAAGAAUUACCCCCGGACGAACUAAAGAAGAGAAUGAAAGAACGUGGUUUCUUUCCUCCAAGACCCUGGUUAGAAAGACCUUUCCAUAUCAGUUGUACUGGAGGUAUAUUUGAGCCUUACGUUCCUCCAGAGGGAGAUGGUAAAAAAUCGUUCAUUUCUGCUGCCGGAGCAAAGCAAAAAUUUGAAUUCUUGGAAAAGAAAUCCAAGUCUAUGUUGGCAGUACGUAAAAUACGUUCUUAUGAAGAAGAGUUUGAUACUGAUAGUUUCCCCAGCAUAGCCCAAGAUGUUUAUAUUGAGGCCCACAACUUUAUGGCCCAAAAGAAUAAGCAUCAAUUGCGUGAAUUUGUUAGUGAACGUGCCUACCCGGAAAUGAUGCAUAAUGUCAAGGAUAAAACUAUACACUGGAGUUUCAUAAAAUCCUUAGAACCACCCCGUGUGGUACAUGCUCGUGUUACAGAUGUCAUUUCCAAAGAAAAUCUUUUUGCCCAAGUUACUGUGCGUUUCCACACCCAACAAAUGUUGGCCAUCUAUGACCGUUUUGGUCGUCUCAUGCAUGGCAGUGAAAUUUUAGCCAAAGAUGUCUUGGAAUAUGUGGUUUUCGAGAAACAUAUUUCCAAUGAAUAUGGUAGAUGGCGUUUGCACGAUAAAAUCAUACCCGAUUGGCUGCCAGCUAAACAACCAGCUCCCAUUACCUACAAAUUCAUUGAAGAGGCUGUGCCAGAGCAAAUUUCUGAAUCUGAGGAAGCCAAACAAUUAGAGGAAGGCCAAAAGAAGCUGGAUGCUGGCUCAGAAACAGAACAAACACCUAUUGCUGCUACCACAGAGAAGAUUGCUUCGAAACCUAAUACAACGGCCAUUUGAUUAUAUUAUUUAUUGUUAGGUUGGCAUUUUAAACGUAAGCGUUUAAAUCCGAUUUAAUAAAUUUUAAACAUUUUUUGUUUUCUUUUUUUAAGUUAAAA